UUAUUGUAAUAGAGAAACAUUCAAGUGUAUACAUGACAUGUUGGAACACUAUCAAAUUUAAAAGUUUAAACUAAUGGGUUUAGAUCCAAUUAUGUUAGGUUACAAAAAAGAAAAAGAAAAAGAAAUCCAAUUAUGUUAUAUUAAUUAUUUAGGUAUUUUUCCAACUUGGGAUUUAACUCUUUUUCAUUAAUUUACAAGUAUUCUAACAAAACGCCUUACAGAAAAAUGGAUGCAUGCUACUUUGGACAUAAAAUAUGUUGGGCGUGUGGACUUGAUACUGGGUCCAUCAACCAACCAACCUGAGAACACCUGCAUGGCACCACACUGGAUCCCCUCCUUUGCCUCAUCAAUAAUCGUCCCCUUGAUUCUUGGCAUGAGCCAAACACAUGAUAAGGAUUGUAGGAUGUCAAGAAUAUUUACAACAAAAGAAAAUCUCCAAUGUUGACGGUUACAACAUAAUCUACAAUAAAGAGUGGCAUACAUCAAGUUCUAAGUUUUUCUUUCCAUGUAGAUACUUUCGAUUGUUAUCUUAACACGCAGUCAACUAUUCUAACAAAAUCUAUGUCAAGUAGCUUAUUCAUAUUUAACGAAUGAUCAUACAUACAAAACAAAUAAAUAAAAAAAUGUUACUAUAAAAUAUGAGUAUAUGGACAAUAUUUUCUUCCAAAUUGGUUAAGAGAAAUUUCUUCAAUCAAGAUACCUGUUAAUCCACGUACCUUUUCUUAAAUAAUGUAAUUCUCAUGUAUAUUUUUAAUAGGAUUAAUAAAGUUUAUAUAUAUAUAUAUAUAUAUACACAAGAAUAGAUCCUCGUACACGUGCAGUGGUGCACCAUGGAGAGGCCCAAAACUAAUGAAACGCACGCGGGGACCCGUUGGUAACAAUGUGGGUUUAGGUUUCGUAAGACAUAACUAUUCGGACACAAGUUUGGCCGCUUUGAAGUCCUCUCUGUAUCUCUACUAUUCGCUGCUCUGCUUCUCAGAAAAAAGACACAAUCUCCGUACCGAUUACCAUUCAAUUCCAAUGGAGGCAGAAAAGUCCAAUAAAACUGCUGCCCCCAGGAAGAUGAGAUUCGCUCCCAAAGCUCCUCCUCGUAGAGUGCCAAAGACUGAAGUCAAAACUGAAGUGGUCGAGGAUGCUGAUGCUAAUGCUAAACAGGCUAGGGAACUACUACGGCGUUUCAAUGAAGGUACUAUUAGGGCAAAGCCUAAGGUUGAAAAGAAAGUGGCACCAACUCAAGUUGCAUUUGGUAUUGGAGGUGCAUCUCCUUCCAUAAGAUCAUAUGGUCCUAAGGCUGGGAGUAGUAAUAACAGCAAUCAAGGAUCAGCCUUUAAGAGUGGUGCUUUUGACUCUGGCUUGAGAGAGAAAGAAUAUAUAGAACCGUGGGACUACUACAGUUAUUAUCCUGUAACUCUUCCUGUGAGGAGGCCAUAUUCAGGAAAUCCAGAACUUCUUAAUGAGGAGGAAUUUAGGGAGAAUUCAGAAACCACAACUUAUGAUGAAAAUGCAGCUAAUCCAGCAGUAGAGCUUGGUCUAAUGGAGGAGAAUCAGGAAGCGAGUAUGCUCCUUCUUCAGUUUCCACCAACUAUUCCUACAGUAAAGCGAUCGGCUACUGCAGAUGGCCCAGAGGUAACUGACAGCUCGAGGCCUCCUGGGGUUUCACAUACUGUCAAGAAGACCUGUGCUUUGGAUGAGAUACCAGCGGGUUUCAUGGGAAAAAUGCUAGUCUACAAGAGUGGUGCUAUUAAGCUGAAGCUUGGUGAUACCCUUUAUGAUGUUUCCCCAGGUAUGGAUUGUAUGUUUGGUCAGGAUGUUGUAGCUAUAAAUACUGAAGAGAAGCAUUGUUGCGUAGUUGGGGAGCUCAAUAAGCAUGCCACUGUAAGCCCAGAUGUCGACUCCAUUUUGAAUAGUUUGUCUGAUUUAUGAUAAUUCUUGCUCAUUGGCAAACAUGUAUUUGGUUCUUAUGAAUGACGAUAAAUUUUUGUUUUCCAUAAAAUUUUGCAAGGGUCUAAGUUCACAUUUAUCCAACUUUUUCCAUUUGAAAAAAGUUGGAGAAUAAGAUAGCAAGUUGCAAGGAAAACUAUAGAUUACUCCUAGGAAGAAAAUAUAGGUUGUGUUUCUAAACAUGAUUGCAGAUAAUAUUAGAAAGUUUUCAAAUACA